AUGGGCAUGCUACUCUACUACUUCAUUUUGGCCUCUUUCUCCGGGGCCUUGGGAUUGUCGCAGCCCAUCUGCAUCUUAGACACCGCCGAUCGUAUGAAUUUAGUAUGCAAAAACGUAGCUAACGUGUUCCCCACGGACAUGUACUACGGCAACAAGAACCUUCAAUGCGAAAAUUGCGAUAUUAAAGUGUUCUCUUUGUCCACUUUUCCCCACGAAAACGUUCUGUUAUCGCUGAAUAUAUCCCACACAAACCUACAAGCAGUGGAUGAAUCGGCUUUCUCGCACUUGGGCAACCUUCGCAACAUUUACUUCGAAUUCAACAAAAUCGACAGGGUGUCGAGUAAGGCCUUCAAAGGACUGAGGCAAGUGUACGAGAUCAACCUCAGGAACAACGAGAUAAAAGAUUUAAUACCCGGAUUUAUUGAGGAUUUGGAAGUAAGUUACUUCUCGUUGAGCCACAACAAAAUCGAGGAGAUACCUAACAACGUUUUCAAAGGCACCCUAGUCGUAGCUAACUUAAUACUAUCUCACAACAAAAUUAAAAAUAUCCACUACGACUCCUUCACCGGCUUGGAAGCUACGGAGUACCUAGAAAUCGACCACAACGAACUCUGCUACAUACCGAUAGGAGCGUUUAGGAACCUGAAAGAACUGAAAUAUUUAAAUUUGGCGAGCAACAAACUCAGCAAGUUCUCUUUAGGCACGUUCUCCGGCCUGACGGCCCUCUAUUCCCUCAUUCUGGCCAACAACUCGCUGGAAACCUUCGAAGGGGACGAGCUGCUGCCCAUGCACGACUUGAACAGGCUGGACCUCAAGGGCAACAGGCUCUUCUAUCUCGAUGCGCACCUCAUCUACACGUCGGCCCCGACCUUGAAGCACGUCAGCUUCGAGGGGAACGUGUUCAGUUGCCUCUUGCUGAAGAACGUUAUUAGGUAUUUGAAAGCGCAGAAGGUGAAAAUCGAGACGCACAGCGGCAAUUACGACGUUCAAAAUAUCAACGGAAUCGCUUGCAUCGAAGGGCCUGUGGACGAAUUGACCACCAAGGAGUUUUUCUUUGACAAAGCGAAGGAGGAAGCUGAAAUGUCUGUUCGUUACAAUAGUUAUUGUUGA